AUGUAUCAGCGAGUCCAAAACCCAAGGGGAGAAGGAAGUCUGGCUUCCCCUAAGAAAUUUAAGAACCAGGACUUCGUUCGUCUGAGAGACCACUGCCUGAAUCAUGGCCUCCUUUUUGAAGAUUACACAUUCCCUGCAGAUCACAGUUCCAUUGGGCCUGGUUUGCUCUCUGAUGCCCAGCUGCUGCAAAUACAAUGGUUCAGGCCAACUGACCUCCUCAACAGCCCACAUUUAGUGGUGGAUGGUAUGAGCAGAUUUGAUAUUGUUCAAGGAGAUGUAGGUGAUUGUUGGGUUCUAGCAGCUCUGGGUUCUUUGACUCUACAACCACAGUUCCUGGAGAAUGUUAUUCCAAAAGAUCAAGGAUUCACACAGAAGUAUGCAGGGAUUUUUCAUUUUCAGUUCUGGUACUUCGGAGACUGGGUGGAUGUGGUGAUAGAUGACCGACUGCCUUUCCUCAAUGGGAAAUACUUAUCUGUCCAUCCGCGCAGCAAAAAUGAAUUCUGGCCGCCAUUGCUUGAAAAAGCUUAUGCUAAGUUGCGUGGUUCCUAUCGGAAUUUGCACUGGGGCUACAUUUCAGAGGCUUUAGUGGAUUUCACUGGUGGAGUUGAGGAGUCUUUUGACCUCAAGAGGCCCUGUUCCUUUCUACAUGAGAUGCUGAAACAUGCUGCUGAGUCAGGAUGUCUUAUGGGAUGCACCACUCCCAAUGCAAGGUCCAGAAAUAACAUUGAGUUGAAGAAUGGAAUCGUGCUAGGUCAUGUUUACACCAUUGUAUGGGCCACAGAGGUUCCCUACAUGGAAGGGACAGAAUAUUUAAUCAGGAUUUGGAAUCCUUGGGGCCAUGGGGAAUGGAAUGGAGCUUGGAGUGAUGGCUCUGUGGAAUGGUAUCAAGUUCCAGAACAAUACAGGAAAACUCUCUAUGAGGACAAGGAUGAUGGCGAGUUCUGGAUGUCAUGUAAAGAUUUUAAAGACAAUUUUACAACUGUGCACAUUUGCAAUAAAGUGCCAACGUUCCUGGACUUCAGAGAUCAGAGCAGUUGGUCCAUGGAUAAGACUGUGAACAAGUAUUCUGGGCUCUGUUGCGUGUGUCUGAUGGUAGAAACUAUCAUUUUCACAACAGGUUCCUUUUCAAGAAACCCUCAAUAUUCUGUCCAGGUACUGGAGCCUGAGAUGAAGAACUACAAUAUUGUAGUGUCUUUGUCACAAAAACCUAUGAAUAAUAUAAGAGGCAUUGGUUUCCUGAUAGACAAGGUUGGGCCACAGGGCAGAACCAGAUGUGAAAAGACUGGGCUCAUGCGAAUGCGAGAUGUCACUAAUUACUUUCACUUGAAACCUGGGCGCUACAUCAUUACUCCAAUUGCAUCACAAGAAGGUCAAGAGUUUGAGUUCCUUCUGCGAAUCUUCCUGAAGAGUCCAAAUAACCUCAGAGCAGAAGGAAUGGCAAAAAAUAUGCCCAAGUGGAAUCAAGGCAACUUCUACGAAAACAUCUUCCUAAGAUAUGCUAAUCAGAGUUCCUACCUGGAUGCCUCACAGCUGCAAAGGAUCCUUAAUGAAGUAGUCCUGAAGGAUCUAAUGGCCGGUCUGCAUAGCGGAGAUGGAUUCAGCUUCGAUUCAUCCAGGAGCCUUUUAAGUCUGAUGGAUUCAGAUGCCAAUGGAAGACUUACCCUGCAAGAUUUCGAAACACUUUGCGGGAAACUCAAGAAGUGUGUGUCUAUCAGUGACAAGCUCCUCCAGCUGAUAGCCAUACGAUAUGGUGACACUUCCAUGAGGAUAAACUUUCCAAAUUUUGCGUGCUGUAUGAUUCGGCUGGAAACGAUGGCAAAGGUAUUUCACAAUUUGUCUGCAGAUGGGAAAAGAAUCUCUUUCAAUGAAGAUGAGUGGAUGACAAUGAUCAUGUACUGCUAAGCAGGGAAUAUGACUCUAUAUAUACUGG